GGCGGAAGUGCGUCACGGCGGCUUCCGGCUGCCCGCGUCGGCGGCCUCGGCGGCGGGAUGGAGGAGGUGCCGCGGGACUGUCCCGGGGCCGGCAGCGCCCAGGCGGGCCGAGGAGCCUCCUGCCAGGGGUGCCCCAACCAGGGGCUCUGCGCCUCGGGAGCCGGCGCCGCGCCGGACCCAGCCAUAGAGGAAAUCAAAGAGAAAAUGAAGACGGUGAAGCACAAGAUCUUGGUGCUGUCUGGCAAGGGCGGUGUGGGCAAAAGCACCUUCAGCGCCCACCUGGCCCACGGCCUGGCGGAGGACGAGAACACGCAGGUGGCCCUUCUCGACGUCGACAUCUGUGGCCCGUCCAUCCCCCGCAUCAUGGGCCUGGAAGGCGAGCAGGUGCACCAGAGCGGCUCGGGCUGGUCCCCGGUGUUCCUGGAAGACAACCUGGGGGUGAUGUCGGUGGGCUUCCUCCUCGGCAGUCCCGACGACGCCGUCAUCUGGAGGGGCCCGAAGAAGAACGGCAUGAUCAAGCAGUUCCUGCGUGACGUGGACUGGGGGGACCUUGACUACCUCGUCGUGGACACGCCCCCAGGGACCUCCGACGAGCACCUCUCGGUCGUCCAGUACCUGGCGGCGGCGCACAUCGACGGGGCAGUGGUCAUCACCACACCGCAGGAGGUGUCGCUGCAGGACGUCCGCAAAGAGAUCAGCUUUUGCCGCAAGGUGAAGCUGCCCAUCAUCGGGGUGGUGGAGAACAUGAGCGGCUUUGUCUGCCCCAAGUGUAAGAAGGAGUCUCAGAUAUUCCCGCCCACGACCGGGGGCGCGGAGCCCAUGUGCCAGGACCUGCAGGUGCCCUUCCUGGGCAGAGUGCCCCUGGACCCACACAUAGGGAAGAGCUGUGACAAGGGCCAGUCCUUCAUGGCGGGGGCCCCCGACUCCCCGGCCACAUUAGCCUACAGAAGCAUCAUUCAGAGAAUCCGCGAGUACCUAACUCCACAGCCAGCCGGAGAGAGCCCCCCCAGGUCCUGAAAUGCAGGCCCGACGGCAGUGGCACAGGCGGCCAGAGAUGCUUCAACCGUCUCCCGUGGGCGCUGCCCCAGGGCGCCGUGACCAGAUGAACACGCUUCCUCCAGCCCUACUCUGGCAGCCACGGGCCAACCCCCUGCAGGCUGGGGAUACCUCUGUGGCCUCUGCAGAGGUGGCAAGAGACAGGUCUCAGGGUCUGAGACGGGUCUCAGGGUCUGUGGAAGAAGAGGGGGCUGAGGGUGCCCACCCCCCCGUGCCCCAGCAGUGGCCU